CGCGCACUCCUUUCCCCGGAAUUCGCGAACCGGCGGUAUCGAGAUUAUCGAGCAGAAUUUAGCGCAUUUCUUGACGGGGAGAAUGACGGAAUGCCAUAUAUUCAGCGCACUGACGCAUAUGAAAGGGAAGCAGAUAACAGGGUGACCGUCAGUUCCGAGUGGAAGUUAUGUUUUACGUGAUAGGACUAGGUCUAGGCGACGCGAAGGACAUCACUGUCAAAGGGCUCGAAAUUAUUAGGAGAUGUGACCGCGUGUACCUGGAGUCCUACACUUCUAUCCUAACAGUACAGCAGGAAUCCUUGGAAGAAUUCUACGGACGUUCUCUGAUCGCAGCUGAUCGCGAGCUGGUAGAGAAUAAUGCGGAUGAGAUACUGCCGAUGGAACAGGACGAAGAUGUUGCUUUUCUGGUUGUAGGAGAUCCAUUUGGAGCUACCACACACACAGAUCUGGUUCUGCGUGCAAAGGAAAAAAAUAUACAGGUAAAAGUCAUACACAAUUCAUCGAUAUUGACUGCGGUUGGUUGCUGCGGCUUGCAGCUAUAUUCAUAUGGGGAAAUUGUUUCAAUUCCAUACUGGACCGACACUUGGCGACCUGACAGCUUUUAUGAGAAGAUAGCUUCCAACAGGCAGAGAGGCCUGCACACCCUCUGUCUCUUAGACAUCAAAGUUAAGGAGCCUACUCUGGAAAGUAUCACGAAGAAAAAAAAGGAAUACAUGCCCCCGAGAUUCAUGAGUGUCAAUGAGGCUGCCAGUCAACUGAUAACAAUACUUGACAAUAAGAUUCAGGAUGGUCAUAAGGACUUAGUGUUUACACAACAGAGUUUAGCAGUGAGUUUAGCGCGAGUGGGUUGCGAGGACCAGCAUAUUGUUGCUUGUUCCCUGCAAGAUAUGAUGCAUGUAGAUUUGGGAUUGCCGUUGCACUGCCUUGUUAUACCAGCUGAAAAGCUUCAUCCUCUUGAGCUAGAAUUUUUAAUGCAAUUUGCUCUAGAUAAGAAUCAAUUCAAAGACAUGACGAAAUAAGCAUAAUCUUUUUUAUCCAACGAAGAAAAGAGUGAAUUUUUUUUUGUACAGAAUCUUUGACAAAAUAAAUUGAUUUUAUCAAAUUAUUAAACAAUA